AUGGAAUCACCUCUUGAGCUAACCUUUGGUGCCAGAAGUGCGUUGUUUCUUCAAUCUGUGGACGAUUUCCAUUCCUACAGAGUAAGGGUCAACAGGAGAAUAGCUAAGCUCAAGAAAAGUUUGAACCUCGCUGUCAAAGAUACCCGAAACUACAAAACUAAGGAGAAAACCUCACAGAUUACAGCUGAGCAGUUUAAUAACGAUUCUAGAUAUGGUCUAGUUUAUCUUUAUUUGGCUGAAAGAGACUUUUUGCACUAUCUAGAAGCUAAUGCAAUUUUGGAAGUCGUUUCGUCCAAGCCAAAAGAAACUUUUAUCAUAUCUAAAUUGAAAAAAACGCUUAAAUAUUCAAACAGAUUGAUCGCCUUAUUAAUUGAAUCUAAAUACAAAGAAGAUAUCUUUUUUUCUUUUGAAAUAUAUAUUUAUAAUUCUUUAAUUAACGGUAUAUUUGCUGUAAAGAGGAAAAACUGGAAAUUAGCAGUUAAAUUUUUUUCAUUUGCGAGAUGCACUUUACAGUUCCUUGAAAACUAUCAAUUGAAUAACAAAAAGAGUAUUAAUAGCAAGGAUACUACUGGCUCCAUUAACCAUCUUUAUAAAGAAAUUAUUGAUACCAUUGUUGAUCCUAAUUUAAAAUUAUCUAUUUUCCAAAUUUCAAAUGUAUCAUCUCCCGAUUUAAAUAAAACAUCGAAAAAAAGUUGUUCAUUGAUCCUUGAUGAUAAAUCAUCAUCAUUUAACCCAGUUAUUUCAAAGAUUUAUAAAAUAGAUCAAACAUUUGUCAUGAGCUCUGCAGAUGAAGAAAACGAAAAUUUAACUGUUGAUGUUACCUGGAGAGACUAUACUGCUCAUAUUUAUAAUGAAGAAAUUCCAAGAUUAUUAAAUCACAUCAACAAGAAUUCUAGCAAAAUUAAUGAUUCUGUAUCGGAUUCUUUUGACGAAGUUUUGAUCAACUGGCAAGACUGUUUAGAGAUUCAUCAACAAGAUUUGAACAGAUCAAAUAAAAAUGCUGAUGAUGAUAUCAAUUCUGAAGAAUACCAGAAUAAUCAAGUUUUAUUGACGUAUCUCAAUUAUAAUCUAUAUUUUUUAAGAAUUAGAAGAGACUUAUCUCUUGUCAACGAGUUUAAUUCUAAAUUGUUUGACAACACCAAUAAUAAUGGUUCUUUAUUAUCAGGCUCUCAAUUGAAAGCAAAUUUAAAAAUAAUUAAAGAUAUUACAAGAGUUUAUUGCUUGAUUUUAAAUACCGUCAAACAAUUGCAAGAGUUACCAGGUGUCUACUCGGACGAAUCAUUAUUUUAUUCACUAGAAGCUUUGCAAUCAUAUUUUGAAGGUAGCAAAAACUACUACAUUGUUUUAUUUUACAACUCAAUUCAUAAAUAUAAAGAAAGUUUAGUAAUUCUAAAUAAAUCAAUCCAAAUUCUUAAUUCACUAAAGGCAAAGGACAAACUAAUCGAGUUUCCCGCAAAUAUAUUGACCAAAAUCAACUUUGAAGACUUGCUUAAGAAAUACAAUGAAUUGGUUUUGAAAAUAAGCAUUGCUGUUGAAUUUGAGGCUCAAAAUAGCGUUAAAGCUGCCUCGGCAAAUAAUUUAGUUAUUGACAAUGUCACUGAUUUCAACCUUGACUGGGAAAAUCCCCAAAACCACUUGAACCACAUUGCAACAUUGGAAAAUAACGUUGUUCCUGUUUCUGUCAAACCAGUUUUGUUUGAUAUUGCCUUUAACUAUAUCACC